GACUCAGCAACGACAAUGGUGGCCAAGCUUUCUUUCCUGCUGGUUGCUCUCCUUUACUUUGGGCAUUGCAGCUUUGCUAAAAAAGGCCAUAGCAGCAGCAGCAGCAGCAGUGAGGAGAAGUUCCCCAUAAACAAGAAAGAGUGCAAGGUGGAUCCUUAUGUGAGAAGGGACUGUGGAUACUCUGGAAUUCCUGAAUCAGAAUGCAAGAAACGCAACUGCUGCUUUGAUUCCAGCAUUCCUAAUGUUAACUUUUGUUUCUUUUCUCUCUCUCAAGAUAAAGAUCAGUGUUCAAGUAGCAAGAAGGAGAGAAAGAGCUGUGGUCACUCUGGCAUUAGUGCAAAGGAUUGUUAUUCCAAGGGAUGCUGUUAUGAUUCCAGUGAUCGCGGUGGUACCGGGUGCUUCAUUCCAACUGUCAAAGGUUGCAUGGUGAGUCACAAAAUGAGGAAAGAUUGCGGCUAUCCUUCUAUCAGCUCCAAGGACUGCUUUUCAAGAGGUUGUUGUUAUGAUAAUAGUGUACCUGGCACUACCUGGUGUUAUCAUGGCACUAAAUAAAGUGAAAAAAGAUUUUCCAUGGUUGGUGAAUUUAAGGUCAACUCUAAGUAACAAAGAUGUUUAUUGCUGAUUUUUACAAUUUUGUUGGUUAAAAUUGAUAUUAAAUGAACUGUCAAAACAAAAUGAACUUUUAAAAAACUUACAUAAAACAAUAAAAAUCCAAUGAUUUGCCU